GGACUCGCAGCGCAAAUCCACGCCCCAGUCACCCUACCGCACUCCCAUCGCAACGUUCGGCCCCAAAAACCCCCAAAAGCACAGCCCGACAAGCUCCCGCGUGCACUCCACCGCGCCGCGGCGCCCACCACGCGGCCCACCCCACCCGCCACCAUGAACAACUACUCCUUCCUCGACAGCACGGGCAACGUCGCGAUGCCGCGCUCCGCCCCCUCGCCCUCGCCCAGCCAGACCUCGCAAAUGAACGGCGCGCCCCAGCAAAACGGCGUCCCGCUCGUCAACGGCCUGCCCUCGGGCGGCCAGCAGACAGACAUGAACCACCUGUGGAGCGUCGUCCAGCAGCUGUCGCAGAUGCUCGAGGACAACAAGGCGCAGACCCAGGGCGUGCUGAACGGCGUGCAGGCGCUGCAGCAGCGCGCGAGCGAGGAGGGUGGCGUCGGGGUGCUGAACCACACGAGCGCGCGCGAGGUGAAUGGCGAGAUAAACGCAGCAUCCCGCGCCGCCGACCUCACAGCCCUGCAAACCCGCCUCUCGACCGCCGAAUCCCACACCGCGGCACUAACAACCCACGCCCACGCCCUCACAUCCCUGAUCACAGACUACGAAAACGCACUCACCCUGCUGCUGGAGAAACUGCGCCCCUACGCGUACACCCAGACCUCGUCCAUCCUGGCGCUGCACAAGCACUACCAGGCGCUGCUGGACGCGGAGCGCGCGACGAGCAUGCAGUUGCGCCUCGAGCAUGCUGAGUGGCAGGCGGGGCUGGGGAGGGUUGCGGAGUAUGCGCGGCAGGCGCUGAAGGUGCAGAGUCGCGCGGAGGAGCCGUUGAUGGCGGAGGUGAAGGGGCUGAGGGAGGAGAAUAGGGUGUUGAGGCGGCUGGCGGGGUGGGAGGAGAGGGCGGGGAGUAGUGAUGAGGAGGAGGGG